AUGUCUUUCAGCAGGCGACCUGCUACGAAUCGUGGUCGAGUCACAAACCUUCCUGACGAGUACGAUGAAGCCGAUCGUUCAACGCUGCUAGCGUACAAGACCGAAAUCACAGAUGAUAAUGCCGGCACCGAAGCUGAACUUCCGGACGCUGGGAGAGCGCCCUUGCGUUCCGCUAGCUCGACUAUCAUCGACUUAAAACAGCCUCUCAUCCAGGCUGAGAGAGCUGCUGCUGACCACGCCAGGCCGUGGUUUGGUAUAAUGGCGUCUGUCAAGGCUUUCUUUUGA